UCUUAAUUCUCGUAGUUGAUUUAGUUCAUUUACAAGUAAAACUAGCUGUUGAUGGUUGCCUUUAUUGCCUAAUGUUUAGAUCAUUUACUUUUAUGUGCUUGUAAUUUAGGUAUUUUGGCAUGCAAAAUUACAGAUUCAAGUUAUUAACAUACAUAAUUUCUUAGCUUUUCACUAAAACAACUCUACAAGUUGGGGAAGCUAGGUGUGAAGUUCAUAGGUUGAACUGGGAAUUUAUAGUUAAGAGCUUGGUGUGAAAUUCAUAGGAUAAACUGAAAGUGCAAGUAGCUAUUACCGAGGUGUAAAAUGUCAGGAAGGUUAAGAAGUUUACUGUAUUUGUUAGACUUUGUCAUUAAGAGUGUGCAGUUGGUUAAGAUCAAAGACUGUGAGAUAGUAAUUAUAAUUGUAGGUGUUGGCUUAAUGCUCUGAAGAUGAUGGUUUUGUAACCAAGGAAUAUAGUUUCCAUCUCGUUGCAUCAAAUUAACAUAUUUCAUAUUUGUCUUCUGCAGUAGCCUAGCUAUUUGCUAGUAAUGUCUAUCAUGCAUCUUAGUCAAACCAAAAAAUUUCGUCUGGCCAUGCGAAUGAUUUUCAAGGAAGCAUAACGUAUUUGCUUACACGUGUAGUAUGGGGUGAAGCCAGUGAAAACAGUGACCAUAUCGUACCUUAUGCCAACGAAGGUGAUGCGAAACCAUCUAUUCAGUGUGGCACUCAAAGAAAGAAGCAGCGGAGUAACGAAGACAGCCCUGAUAAGCAUGUUGAGCAGAAUAAGCCAGGAGAUUGCCGUGACUCCUCUGGAUCUAAAUUGGAAGGCAGUUCCCAGUUCAACACAGAUGGACUUACAGAUCUUGAAAUGGACUGGCCCAAUUCACCUUUACCUAUUGCUGCAUGUGCAGAUACUGGUGGGUUAGAUAAUGGUACUCGGCUGUUCGCGAAUGAGCAUGAAGAAAACGAGCACGUUGGUUUUCUUGAUUAUAGUUGGGAUAACAAUGGAACCUUUGACGAUCUUGAUAAAAUACUUAGAGAUGAUGACCCGAUAUAUGGGCAUGAAACUCUUGGUGAUGCAGCUGAGCUCUGGUCAUCUUCUGCUGAUGUACUUAGCAGCCCAAACAACUGUUUUCCUACACCUGCUAGCUCUCAAAACAUGGAUAUAGGUGCAUCGAUGAAUACAUUUGAGGAGUGUAAAGUGAAAGUGCGACAUCCAGAAGAUACAGAUUUCCCUUGUGGUGGUGAGAAGACGAGUGACUCAGUGACUCGUUUACUUAAGGACGUCGACCCAAGAAAGGAUAAGUCUACUGGACCAGGUUCCAAAUUUCUUAUCCCAGCAGUUGAAAAGACAGAUACCAAGAUGGUUGAGAGGAUGCUCUCAGACUCUACUGGUGAAACUAGUGCAACUCGAAAUGAAGUUUCCAGUAAGGUAACUGGGCAAAGAGAGCCAUUGACGCGUCCUAAGACUGGAAAUGGAAGAGAAAUUAAGUGUCAAAAUGUGUGUGGAGCAUGGCCGCUCAAUGGAAACAAAUUUCAACAAAUUGGGAACCAAUUUCAAAUGUCAUCUUUUCAAACCUUUCCACGUGCAGUCCCCGGUCUACCUCAGCCUUUCAUGUACGUGCAGACUUCUCAUCCAUAUAUGCCGACAGGACAUGGGAACUCUACAAACUACUAUGUGCCCAUGCUGCCACACGUUAGUUCUGAGAGGGGUAAUGAUCAUUCAGCCCUUCACGGUUAUAGAUUUCCUCAAGUUGUGUCAACAAAGAUGGCAAGUCCCUCAAAGAAGCUUCCCGGUGUUCUCUUAAGACAAACGACCAUGACUCCUCAGGAAAAAAUGGAAAAGCUAAGACGGCGGCAGCAAUUGCAAGCAGUGCUUGCUAUUCAGGGUCAACAACAGCAGUUGGGUCCUCAGUUCACUUGUGCUGAUUCUGACACUCAAAGGUGCAUUCAAGCUAAUCGAAGUCAAGACACUGGAGGAAAAAUUGAACUUGUUGGUUCAUUUGAGUCAGAUUGGCCCAUUCAACAAGAUGAUUCCAUAGCUAUGAUAGCUGACGACUGCUCACUGAAACAACAGGUGCUCGAUCAGCUUCAAGAUGUUAUUGGAAAGUUGGAUAUGAGCACAAGAUUUCGUAUUCGUGAUAGCCUGUUUCGGUUGGCUCAAAGUGCAAUACAAAGACAUAGUUCCGAAGAUACAGGCAGCACAAGCAGUUUUAUGGUUGAAGAUGAAUUCGUAGUUAAAAAAGAAAUAGAAGGCGCCAACAGGUCGACAAAUGUACCAGAAGCAGAAAACGAGACCAAUCCUAUAGAUCGGACAGUGGCUCAUUUGCUAUUUCGUAAACCCUUGAGAUCUUCGUCAACAUUGUCAGUUAGUUCAACAGAUAAACAAAUAGCAUCAAAACCUUGUAACGUGAGUCAUUUUCAAAGCAAUACUUGCAAAACUAAACUUGAGAACAUAUCCAAUAACGAAGAUGAAGGUGGAAAGGUGGGAGUUGAUGCAGCCUUACAAAAAAGAAACGCUUCUGAUUAUAAUAUAUAAAAUUAAGGGUAAUUCCUUCCUUUUAUCUCUUCCCCUACUCUCAGCUCCUGUAACUUCUUUCUUUUGUCCAAAUUUCUGGUAAUAGUUCUUUUCGUCUCAAUUAUCUGGAUCUUGAUCAAGCUUUAUGUAGUAAAUAGGUAGCACCGUUAAGUCGCCUAGUUUUAUCUCUCUCGAUACAAGCGCUGAUAUAGUCACCUUUUGAGUCUGCCGAGUGCUUAUGUUCUUAAAUAAAGAAAAUUAAAUUUUGUUGCUGGACCACCAACGUGUAUGGGACUCAUUUAUACGUAACUCUUUAAUCUCCGAUUGUUGUAAUUACUACGUUAAUAUAUCAAAAAGUUAGAGCUCUCUCUGUUCUUUUA